AAUUUUUAGCUGUGUAUAAAUCGAUUGUGAUAUUUGGUGGUUCGGUUUUGAUAAGCAAUCAUGGUUAUUCAUCGCUGCAAUUCAGAUGGAGAAUUUCAUGGAUUUUUGGCAAAUGCUGGCGCAAAACCUGUUAUUGUUGAUUUUUAUGCAGUCUGGUGUGGACCAUGUCGGCGAAUAGCACCAGUAUUUGAACAACUUUCCAAUCAAUAUUUAAACGUUGUAUUCGUAAAAGUAGACGUUGAUAAGGCAAAAGAUCUAUCAACACUACAGGGAGUUACUGCAAUGCCUACAUUCAUAGUAUAUAUGAAUAGGGUGAAAGUUGAUCUUUUGCGUGGUGGUGAUCCAACUGCAUUAGAGACAUUGGUGAAAAAAUGGUCAGAAAAUGCACCAAAAGAAGAUAGUCCGGUCGCGGGACAAACUGAUCUCAUAACAUUUGUUGAUAAAACACAAUUGGAAUGCUUGAAUGAGGAUGAUAAUGCAACAUUGAGGAGUCUUCUCAAUGGUGAAGGCGUGCUUACGUCCGAUUGCGAUCCUCAGCUUAUUAUAUCAAUUCCAUUUAAUCAACCGGUAAAAAUUCAUUCCAUUUAUUUGAAGGGCAGUGGUACAUCAGCACCAAAAACAGUCAAAAUUUUUACUAAUCUUGCAAGUAUCCUUGAUUUUGAUCGAGCAGCAAGUGCUGAGAGUGUGCAAACAAUCUCGUUUUCUGAAAAGAUUAUCGAAGGAGAAUUAUAUAAUCUACGUUACGUGAAAUUCCAAAGCGUGAAAAAUAUACAGUUAUUUGUGGAAGAUAAUCAAGGUGGGACCGAAAAUACAACAAUCGAAGCUCUUCGCCUUUAUGGGACGCCACUUUCUGCAACAAAUAUGCAAGAUUUUAAACGAGUUUCUGGUAAAGUUGGUGAAGUGGGACACUGAUAAAUGGAUCUACGAUCUAACAAGAGUUUCACUGUUCUGGUGUGUGUAAUGAAGUAACACCAUUCGUGUGUGCAUGCUUCAUAUUCAUCCUCUUCAUGAUACAAUCCGUUUGUAUCUUUGGAUAAAUCAAUCCCUUACUGUUGUUGUUUUUUGAACAUUAACACAUUUAGUGUUUAUCGCUAUCAAAAUAUUCCUGCUUUAACGAGAACACUAUUUGAAUUUGUUAAAGAAUUAUAUAUUCGGACAUUGCUAUCUUAAUAAUGGUGUUGUGCUAAUUGCCUGCCUGUAUUGUAGAUGCUGCAAUAAAAACAGCAUAUAUGCUGAAGUGUAUCAAAGCACGAGAUGAAGUUUAC